AUGGAGGGUUGGUGGUGGUGCGGGGCAGCUCUCUACGACAGCGGGGAUGAUGAAUCCAGAGGAGGCCGAAAAAUUAUCAAUUGGCCCUCAAAUUUGAAUGCCCGCAUACAUUCCCGUUCCCUCGAGACGUGGUACGUAUCUGCCUUCAACUUAUUCUCAAUAUCACCAACUAUGCAAGCACUGAUACCGGAUUUUGUGGCUGAUCCCUCGAAGAGCGACGAAGCGGACAGAUACCACGGUAUUUUCUUCGAUCGACAUUUACCAAGGUCGAUACUGCCCUAUAUUCGCAUCCAUCUCCAUCUACGUAUGCAUUUCGACUGGAGGAAGCUUGCCGCCAAGAUUGGAACACUGGCAGCUUUUGGCCCUCAUCUCUUCGUCAUCAUCUGGGCUGGAUCGGAUAUCACUGGCGGACUGUUGCAGGCAUACGAUCGGGCUGGAUAUGAGCCCUCCAAUGCCAUUUCUACAGCUAUAGGAGCUACGUCUUCGGUACUGGGGCUCUCGACAUCUGCACAUCCAGCAGACGGAAUAUUUCUUUACAAGUCUUAA